AUGACAUGGACUUCACCCUGCUUAUAUUCGACUUCAUUCUUCUACUUCUACUUCUACUUCUACAACACAUCCUGCACUCACCCCUCGACGCCCAAGCUUUCCACAGCCUCAACGGGCCUCGAGCGCAGAAAAGUUCUGACGUUGACGAAUGCCGAUCUCACUGACGAUUACGACACAGUGGAGGCAAUUUUUGGGACUGUUGUCGCGCGCGCGGCUACUAGUGACGUUGUCUUUGACUGGUUGUCUCCAAUCAACCCGAGGUUUCGAGCAUUAAGGCACGGCGGAGUCGUCAACGUGGUGUUCGCAACUAGGCCUGCCUGCCCCGUGGCACUCGAAGUACUACCGCCCGGGUUUGAACUUUUCGGUCGAAUGGUCACUAUGGAGAAAUUGAAAAAGAUACGUCCAUCAAAUCGUCAGCUACGGAGUCGAGCUGCCGCUACCGCCAACCCUACUUUCACCGCCGUUGUCAACCUCACUCUUGCCGUUGUCGUUAUCCCUACUCUUGCCCCGGUCGUCAAACCUAGUCGCGACGAAUGCUACACUCACUGUUACCCAUACUCGUGGCGUACGAGGUUGACAAGACCCCAGCACGCUAGGAGAAGGAGGAGGAUGUACUGCUUGCCGAGAGUGUCAACCAUACUUAUGAGGUACUUGAUCCUGAUAUGCCUGUGCCUCAGUAAGACGACUGAGCAACAGCAGUAUGACUCUGAAAAUAUUCUCAUCUACAUUCUACCCGAGCUUAUAACCUGCUUUAUCUCCCUCCCUCAAGGUGUUACCCCUUCUUCACCUCCAACCUCCCCAUGGGUAACCACCUUCUUCCCUCUUUCCAUAUAUUGCCUCAAGACCACUACUUAG